CCAUUUUUCCCACAUCUGCCUCACAUUUAGACCAACACGCUAAAUUUUCUAGAUUUAACUUAACAUUACCAUAAACGACCCUUAAAUGAUAGAGCGGUGCAGAUAGUGACUAAGGAUGGAACUAAACAUUGUAUGUUCUUCAACAAAACCCGUGCUUUAUUCCAACCGGUUAUCCCUUCGUCCCCUGGGAAUGACGUUUAGGUGUAACUGGAUUACAUAAUCUAAUACGUUUUACAUAUGAAAUACAUUUUCUGUUUAUUUUAUGUGUUCGCGUGGCCUAUACAUUUAGUGCUACUGAUUACCGGCCACGGAGUCCAAAAGUGGAUGGCGCGCGUAAAAAGCGCAUAGACGUCCACAGGUAACAUUAUGCGCUUUGGUUCCGAGGUUUCAUCCUGGUUUUGGUAAAUGAAGCCAAGAUAAGUAUUAUGACUUUUUCUUAAUCAAACCAAACCACAAUCUUCCCCUGACCUCAACCAAGUGCUGUAAAUGUGUUUAAACAUAAAGUAGAGUAAUGAUGUAGUCACCAUAAGAUCGCAUAUUUUUUCGGAAAACAAAAAACUCUCUCUCUGAACUUCCUUUACUACAGUGUCAUCGUAUUUACGUGAUGCCAAAUACUUAAAUUAACAACGUACCAUAGAAAAACAUAAUCCAGUCGAAAUUUGACUUCGUUACAAGAUGUUGUCUCUAGUGGUAUAGAAACGUAAUUUUUAGGAGACAGAAGUGCUCGUUUUGAUCAUAAAAAUUAACUACACCACCGUCAAUUCAUGUACUAUUGUUAAAGCCUUGUAGGGAGAUUAGUGAAAGUCACAUCAACAAAUAAGCAUUGAUCACUUGAAUGUACGUUUUUCCGCCACUAGAGGGAGCAACGAGCCAUUGUUUUACUGUGUCUCUGCUGUUGGCUGUAACCACCGAUCUUACAAAGAAGUCGUGUGGAUUCUUGUCAUCAAUCAUAGCAUGUAAAUUAUAUUUCAUGACUGUGUCCCAUAAUCAUGUUUGUAUUCAAUAUACAAUAUGCAGUAUUGUAGAUCUCAUCCUCUCAUAAAUUUGUCCUCACAGUGAAUUUUAUCCACUGAUUUUGAUUUAUUUUUUGAAGCACUGUCAAUUAAACUUGAAAUUCGAAACCAAACAGUUAAAUUAAACGUGUUGAGAAUAGAGCGGUCAUGAAUAUAAAUGAAUGUUAAAUAAUAGAACUUAAGAGCCUUGAGGUCAUGAUUGUAUAAACAUAUGACAUCAAUUAACAAUAGUCAGUCUUGACUGUGAACAGUUAACACACGUUGCUGCAGUUCCUUUGUUUAGACUUCACUGCCCCCAACAGCAAUGAUUACUUAUCAAGAAAGUAGUUUUUUAAUUUUUUAUUUGAUCACAAAAAAAGGAAAGCAGAUUUUGUCUGCACAUAAACCCUCGUUCCUUUGUCCAAAAAUGCAGACUCGACGGUGUUCAAAUGUUUCAGCAUCUUUUCAUAUACUGCCGAGGUGCCAUAAGGUCAAACAUAAUAAGAAGGAUUGAACUGACAAUUGUAGAUUAUCUUUAAAAACGUGUGGUGUUUGAGUUUAUCGUAUUAGUCCUGAUGUUGCUGUCCUGAGAUCCAGAUGCAGGCUGUUCCAGACUCGAGGGGCAGUUUUGUAGAACCUGCAAAAUUAUAUCAGUUUGACGUAGUUUAAUCUUUGUAUUCAUUUUUUUUUCUUUUUAAAUGAGAUUUGGAUAUAAACAUUAAUGGUGUCAGGGCUAUACAAUGGGACGAUAAUGUAAAUUGAAAAUGAUACAGAUUCAUUUCGUCAGAUAGCAUUAUUCUUAGGCCUAUAACGAGCAUUUUUUUUUAUGUAUAACUUGCAUGGAGCUUGUUGACCUGUUGUCAAGGGGAGUUGAAGUCACCCAGGUCACUGUCCUCCUGACUGAGCCUCCUAUAAAUCAGAGCAGAAGUAAACGCGCCGCUGAAAAGUCACGGCGUGGAAGCGCUGCCCCUUUUCCUUGCAUGCGCAAUGGAGACCUGAACACUCAGCAGUGUUGCGCGCACACACGUUUUCCUCCGCACCGAUGAGUAACAGCAGCCUGGCUCUGUCCACUGUGCUGCCCCUCACAAGCUUUGGCAAUGUGUUGAUGUUUCUCUUCAGCGUGUUGCUCGCCGCCACCAUCAUUUUCCUCAACAUGUCUGUGUUUCUCUCCAUCCUGCUGAACAGGGCGCUGCGCAGCCAGAACCGCUUCAUGUACAUGCUGAGCACCUGCCUCAGUGACAUCUGCACCGGCGUGUCCUAUUAUUACGUCGGCGUCCUCGACGUGAAGGACAGCCUGGACUCGCCCACGAGAACCUAUUACAUCGUGCCCACGUUUCUGGGCCUGUCGUACAUGGCCAUCCUGGCCGCGCAGGCCGACAGGUACCACGCGGUGGUGUCACCGUUCAAAUACUCGCAGCGCAUGACCCGCAACAGAACCCUGGCGGUCAUCUUCGCCUACUGGCUCUACGCGUUCUUCAUCGUGGCGUUGAACAACCAGGUCACCGUCGGCGUGGCCAAUCAGAUCACGAGCAUUGGCACGUUCAUUGGCAACAUAGGCACGGUGAUCAUAAUGAUCGGGCUGAACAUUCGACUGUUCAUCAUAGCCAGGUUCCAGCUGGAGAGGGAGCCACAGUCCGCGGAGAGGGACAACAAGCGCUCGUCGGUGUAUCUCAUACUGCUGGUGGCCGCGUUCUUCUUGGCGACGUGGCUGCCCAUCUUCGUUCACGUCAUCGCCUGUAACUUCCUCGGUUCGGUGUGUUACACGUUUAAGAACGAAGGCACCGACCCCCUCCGCGUUUUGCCCCGAGUGAACGCCGGCCUGACCCCCGUUCUGUACAUCUGCGGCUGCUCGCCGCUCCGAGUCACGCUGCUCGCCCAGGUGUGGAGACCCUGCUGUAGGCGCAGGCGUGUGUCCUGGACCACUCAGCCCCAUUAGAUACGCCGUGGCACUUCAUUUAGAAGUUUCUAAGAAGAUGGAUGUCAACGUCAGUGUAGUUUUAUUAUGCCAAAAUAACAAAACCGAUUAAAAUACAUGCAUGGGCUAUUUAGCAGUGUGAAUGUGAAGUCCAGGCGUGUAUUGGAAGAUGUUGGAGAUGUUUCAUCGUGCAUGGUUUGCAGUGUUGUUCUCAAAUCACAGUGAACGAUUUUCAGAUGUUAUUCCACAAAGACCUGAUGGACAUCGGCCUACGAAUGAACACGUAUCAUAUAUAGUAUUUUAAUGUAUUUGUUAUUCUUCAAACCACAUUUUAACUAAAUACAAAUUAAAAGUCGUCAAACUGAAACUGGA